AUGCCGCUGACGCAGCCCCUGUGGUGCAGGGCCCAUCCAUCACCAGCAGCAGUCCCAGCACCAGCUUCAGGCCUUGUCCGCCGUUCCAACUUGAGAGCAAGACCCCGGCUGCCUCGUCUUGCACUUGCGCGUUCUGCCCCCCAGUUUCGAGUUCUGCGCACCACAGCCACGUCGCUCUUCCGUGCGAAAGGUUCAUAUUCUCCUGCCCGCCCGCCUCCUUUGCCUUCCAAUGUCCAUCUCCGUCCCCUUCCGUCAUUAUCCCUAUUGACCACCUCAACAACUCCUACCACAACCCCCAGCACCACUCUUCCGCUCAUGGCGACGCAAACGAGAGGCCAUGGUGGUCACGGCCACCACCACCAUCACCACCACCAUGGAAACGCCUAUCUGACUUCUUCGAAUACACACGACGCCGGCGUCCGGAUCACGCGCCUGGGCCUUGUUGCGAAUCUCGCAAUGGCCAUUGGGAAGUUUAUCGGUGGCUAUGUCUUUCAUUCUCAGGCUCUUAUUGCCGACGCCUACCAUGCUCUUACAGAUCUGGUCUCGGACUUCCUCACACUGGGUACGGUUGCGUGGUCGCUCAAGCCCCCCAGCGAACGAUUCCCGAACGGGUACGGGAAGAUCGAGAGCAUUGGUGCGCUGGGAGUGAGCGGUCUUCUACUUUGUGGAGGUGUAUUCAUGGGGUUGAAUUCCGGCCAGGUGUUACUGGAUCAGUUUUACCCCGAGGCCGCGGAGGCGAUUUCUCAUCUGGAACUGGGACACGGCCACUCACACAGUCAUGGUGUUGACGCCCUCGGACCGAGUAUCCAUGCCGCUUGGCUUGCAGCUGGCUCCAUUAUUGUGAAAGAGUGGCUGUACCAUGCUACAAUGAAGGUUGCAAAUGAGCGCAAAUCGUCCGUCCUAGCUUCGAACGCUAUCCACCACCGCGUCGAUUCCCUCACAAGUAUUGUCGCCCUGUUCACAAUCGGCGGAACGUACCUCUUCCGGGACGCCUCGUGGCUGGACCCUGUGGGCGGACUGCUCAUCUCGCUGAUGGUCAUCAAGGCCGGAUGGGGAAACACUCGCACCUCGCUCCUCGAAUUAGCAGAUACCACCGUGGACGAUGAAAUCAAGACCGCCGUGCAAAAGGCUGCGGCCAAGGCACUCAGCACAGUCAAUGAUGGCGGGUCGGUCAAGAUUCGCGAUGUACAAGGCAUGAAGUCGGGACAGAACUACCUGAUGGAUGUUGAAUUAGCGGUCCCUGGUGUGUGGUCGGUCCAGCGCUCUCGCGAGAUUGAAGAAAGAGUCCGAGCCACCAUUGGCUCCAGUCUUCGCGGGGUCAAGCGAGUCAAAGUCCGGUUUAUUCCUCUCGAGCACGAGAGCUUGGACUUCUCAGAGGAGUUCAUUGCGCCGGAAGUUAUCAGCCAAGCCAACCCGGAGCCCGAGGAUGGUGCCGAGGAGGAGGAGGCGCACCAUCACGAGCAUGAGCGUGAACAUAAGCAUGAACAUGAGCACGAGAACGGCACCCGGAAAAGACGCUGA